CCUUUUUUGGACAUUGGGGGGCGUUUCACAACUGGAAAUGAGACGACGAGAAGGCGCCACCAGCUUCGAAUGUCAGCCCGACGAAGAAGUGCACUGGUGCAAAAGGAGCUUGAGAAUUUCUUCUUUUUUUUUUUAGUGCAAGUGUGUAUGUGUGAGGCAGCUUGUGUGUGUCAGCUGUCUGUUGACUAACCGCGGGAGGGGGGGAAAGAAUCCCGCGAGUGUGUGCGUCAGUGCGCAGCGUUUCGGCGCAUGCAAGAGCGAGAGAGAGCGCACACGCUGCGUCCUUCCUUCCCCUCCUGCUCGCUUUGCCUCUUCAUCGCCUCUCAUUUGAGGCUGCGAGCGGUCGAGGAGACCGCACACACUCUCCGGAAUCAAGGACAUUUCAACCCAAAGAAAAAACAAGACUUAUUAUUGUGUUGUUGCGUAUGACGCUAACUUGCGUGCCCACUGCGCGUCCUUCCCGAAGCGGGACGAUGCGGUCGUUGUUUAUUUUUGAUGCCCGCACGGGCGCGUUUUUAUCAGUGAGGAGCCAAACCUCCCUUCCCUAAACUACCUAUUUUUUGACUUUUUACCUUUUUUUUUUUUUGGGUGGAGGGGGCAAUUUUGUUUUGCCUUUAAGACAUCAGGCUGCCGUUCAUUUUUCAUUCGUAUGCAUCCGCACGAAGGUGGCAUCCAGAGAGGAGGAGAGAGCAAGGAAGAAGCUGCAAGAAAGUGAGGCGGGACGCCAGAAUGAAUGAAUGAACGAACGAAUGAAUGAGCCACACUGAGCUUCCCCAGCAAGAGCACAUUGCACGACCACAGGUUGUCCCCCAGAGAGGGUGUAAGCUGAGCCCGCCCAUCGCCUUCCGCCGCUCCCCCUUCACCGACCGCCAUCCAUCAUGGCUCUCGCAGUCUGGAUUUGGUUGACGUGCGCCGUGGCUCUCAGCAACGUCGCGCCGUCCUCUCAAGCGCUGAGCCGGUCGAUGAUGCCCUUUGGCUUGAUGCGCCGAGAACUGGCGUGCGAAGGCUACCCCAUCGAGCUGCGCUGCCCGGGGAGCGACGUCAUCAUGAUCGAGACGGCCAACUACGGACGCACGGAUGACAAGAUCUGCGACGCCGACCCCUUCCAGAUGGAGAACGUGCAGUGCUACCUGCCCGACGCCAUCAAGAUCAUGUCACAAAGGUGUAACAACCGCACUCAGUGUGUGGUGGUGGCCGGGUCCGACGUGUUCCCAGACCCCUGCCCCGGCACCUACAAGUACUUGGAGAUCCAAUACGAGUGCGUCCCCUACAAAGUGGAUCAAAAAGUCUUCGUGUGCCCGGGGACGCUGCUGCGCGUGCAAGCGCCCAGCUCUUUGCAGGAGGCCGAGCACCAGGCGGGCGCCUGGUGCAAGGACCCGCUCCAGUCCGGAGACCGCCUAUACGUCAUGCCCUGGACCCCCUACCGCACCGACAUGCUCUUUGAGUACGCCUCCUGGGAAGACUUCAAACAGAGCCGAGCCACCACCACCUACAAGUUGCCCAACCGAGUGGACGGCACGGGCUUCGUGGUGUACGACGGCGCCGUGUUUUACAACAAGGAGCGCACGCGCAACAUCGUCAAGUACGACUUGCGCACACGCAUCAAGAGCGGCGAGGCCAUCGUCGCCAACGCCAACUUCCACGACACGUCGCCGUACCGCUGGGGCGGCAAGUCGGACAUUGACCUGGCCGUGGACGAGAACGGCUUGUGGGUGAUCUAUGCCACAGAGUUCAACAAUGGGCGGCUGGUGGUCAGCCAGGUGAAUCCUUACACGCUGCGCUUCGAGGGCACCUGGGAGACCAGCUUCGACAAGCGGGUGGCGUCCAACGCCUUCAUGGCGUGCGGCGUGCUCUACGCUGUGCGCUCCGUCUACCAGGACGACGACAGCGAGGCGGGCGGCGAUCUGCUCAUGUACGCCUACAACACCAACCACGGGCGCGAGGAACCCGUCAACAUCGCCUUCCCCAACCCGUACCAGUACAUCUCCUCCGUGGACUACAACCCUCGCGACAACCAGCUCUACGUGUGGAACAACUACAACGUGCUACGCUACCCGCUAGAGUUCGGGCCGCCGGACCCCACCACAGGUCCUCUGACCACCACACAGGUGACCACCACCAUCCCGGCCCGGCCCUUCACCUCCAGCGCCAGCCCCUCCACCGCCCGUCCAGUGGCCCCGACGUUGCGGCCCAUCAGCUCCAUCAACAAGCACCCUGACCUCCGGGCCAUCACGGCCACCGUGCCCGUCACCCGCUGGACGCCGCCGUCCUCGCAGGGCCCCCACGUCUGCGAGAGCAAGUUGGUGCGGGGCGUCCAGUGGCCCAGCACGCUGAGAGGGGAGACGGUGGACCGCCCCUGUCCCAAAGGAUCUCUCGGCAUCGCUUCCUUCCAGUGUUUGACCGAGCAGGUCAUGUGGAACCCGCGCGGUCCUGACCUGAGCAACUGCACGUCCCCGUGGGUCAACCAGGUAGCCCAGAAGAUCAAAAGCGGAGAGAAUGCGGCGAACAUCGCCGGCGAACUGGCCAACCACACGCGAGGGCGGAUUCAGGCCGGGGACAUCAGCUCGUCGGUGCGACUGAUCGAGCAGCUCCUGGACAUCCUGGAUGCCCAGCUGCAGUCCCUCAGGCCCGGCAACAAGGAGUCGGCUGCACGCAACUACAAUAAGUUCCAGAAGCGCGAGCGGACGUGUCGGGCCUACAUCCAGGCGGUGGUGCAGACGGUGGACAACCUCCUCCGCCCCGAUUCGCUGGACUCGUGGCAGGACAUGAACAGCACGGAGCAGGCUCACACAGCCACCAUGCUGCUGGACAUCCUGGAGAAAGGAGCCUUCCUUCUGGCCAACAACAUGUACGGGACUCGAUUCUCCGACCGAGCGGCCAACAUUGAUCUGGAGGUGCACGUCCUGAACACAGAGAUGGAACUGCAGGACUUGUCCUUCCCUCUCAACCACGCCAACGACAGCACCAUCCAUCUGUCAGCGUCCACCAUCAAGCAGUACAGUCGCAACGGGCAAGUGAAGGUGGUGUUCAUCAUGUAUAAAAACCUGGGCUCCUUCCUGUCAACCGAGAACGCCACGGUCAAGAUGGACGCGCAGCCAGCCCACGGCCGGAGGCGCCUAGCGGUCAACUCCCAUGUCAUCUCGGCCUCCAUCAACAAGGAGUCCAGCCGCGUGUUUCUCACCGAGCCGGUGGUGUUCACGCUCAAACAUCUACAGUUGGAGAACUACUACAGUCCAAACUGCUCCUUUUGGAACUACUCGGAGCGCUCCAUGACGGGCCAGUGGUCCACGCAGGGCUGCAGGCUGCUGGACACCAACGACACACACACCACCUGCUCCUGCAGCCACCUCACCAACUUCGCCGUGCUCAUGACGCAUCACGACACCGACUUCCAGGGCAGAAUGCAGGAGCUGAUCCUGUUUGUGAUCACCUGGGUGGGCAUCGUCAUCUCGCUGGUGUGCCUGGCCAUCUGCAUCUCAACCUUCUGCUUCCUGCGCGGCCUCCAGACGGACCGCAACACCAUCCACAAGAACCUGUGCGUCAACCUGUUUGUCGCCGAGCUGCUCUUCCUCGUCGGCAUCGACAAGACGGACUACCAGAUCGCCUGUCCCAUUUUCGCCGGACUGCUGCAUUUCUUCUUCUUGGCCGCCUUCUCGUGGAUGUGUCUGGAGGGCGUGCAGCUCUAUCUCAUGCUGGUGGAGGUGUUUGAGAGCGAGUACUCCCGUAAAAAGUACUACUACCUGUGCGGCUACUGCUUCCCCGCGCUGGUGGUGGGCAUCUCGGCGGCCAUUGACUACAGGAGCUACGGGACCAAGAAAGCAUGCUGGCUGCGGGUGGAUAACUACUUCAUCUGGAGCUUCAUUGGACCCGUUUCAUUUGUUAUUAUGCUCAACCUCGUUCUGCUGAUGAUCACCUUACACAAGAUGGUUCGAAACUCGUCGGCGCUCAAGCCUGACUCCAGCCGUCUGGAUAGCAUCAAGUCGUGGGUGUUGGGCGCCAUCACUCUGUUGUUCCUCUUGGGGCUGACCUGGGCGUUCGGCCUACUGUUCAUCAACGAGAAUUCCCUCAUCAUGGCGUACCUCUUCACCACCUUCAACGCCUUCCAGGGCAUGUUCAUCUUCAUUUUCCACUGCGCUCUUCAGAAAAAGGUCCACAAGGAGUACAGCAAGUGCCUGCGUCAUUCCUAUUGCUGCAACCGCACGUCCACCAGCAGCUCCCACGGCGCCAUGAAGAACUCUGGCCUGCGUGCCAACAACCGUUACUACAGCGGCAGUCAAGCGCGACAUGCGGCGGCCCACAGACAGAGCCGGAUCCGCCGCAUGUGGAAUGACACGGUUCGGAAGCAGACGGAAUCUUCCUUCAUGGCGGGGGAUAUCAACAGCACGCCCACGCUCAACCGCGCGGCCAUGGGCAACCACCUUUUAGCCAACCCGGUGCUGCAGACUCGCAGCGGCACGUCUCCUUACAACACGCUGCUGGCGGAGAGCUUCACCCCACCCUCGCCCGGCGUCUUCAACUCCACAGGAACUUUCCGAGAUCCAAAGAUCACAUCCAAGGCCCGUGACCCCUGCGGAAUGGAAACGCUGCCACUGAACGGCAACUUCAACAAUAGCUACUCCCUGCGUGCCGGUCCAGGGGGAGGAGGCGGUGGCAGCUGUGACUUCCUUAGCGGUAGCGGCGGCAGCGGGGGUGGCGACAGCACCCCGCCGCUGCUCAACCCACGCGGCUCGGAGACGCUGGGCAGCGGCCGGCGGAAUCUCUCCGACGCGGCCGCCUUCGAGAAGAUGAUCAUCUCUGAGCUGGUGCACAACAACCUGCGAGGCGGAGGGAACAUGGCAGGGGGCGACGCCGGGGACAGGGUCUGCGGAGGCCUCGCCGGGGGGCACCCUCGAGCAGCCGUCGGGCCCGAGUCGGGAGACCAAGACGAAGACUUUCUGAGGGAUGGCAGGCAACGCACGCCGCAGGAUGUGGAGCUGCUGUACAAAGCUCUGGAGGAGCCCCUGCUCCUACAGCGAGCCCAGUCUGUCCUCUACCAGAGCGACCCGGAGGAGUCAGAGAGUUACACCGCCGACCUCACAGAGAGUCUCGGCCACAGCGGUCAGAGUUCCAGUGGGCAGACGGGCAACAGAGCGCCGGACUCACCCGCCAGGGAAUCUCUGUACACCAGCAUCAGCAACCUGCGAGACUCUCCCUACCCGGACAGCAGUCCCGAACCCCUGGAGGUGGUGCCCCGAUCGGCCCAGCCCCCCGAAGAACUUUAUUAUAGCUCCGGGAGGCCCGCCUUGGGCUCUCGCGGCGCCCCCAUGCAGACCUUCUACCAGGCCCAGUCCAAGAGGCCGAGCGGGGACCCUCCGCACCAGGCUCAGGAGUCCUCCCAUAACGAGGGCGAUGGACAAAUGCAGCUGGUCACCAGCCUGUGACCGGAGCCCCGAGAGGGAAGUUCGGGGACCCGAGUUAGGGCCAGAGUUGCCACCUAGCCUACGGCGCCCUCGCGCCGGUCCACUUCCUGCUUGUUUGGUUGCCUUUCUUUCUCUUAACUUUGACUGAACCAAUAGAAGAGACAAAACAGAGUGACCUUCAGAAAAGAAGCCUUUGACUUUUUAAGAAACAUCGAUCCAAGCCUACCCGGUUCCUUUGGACCAAGUCCAGCACUCUGAAUGUACCGACCCCCGGCCACCCCCUCUCCCCUUUUAGGAUCUCUCAAUCCUUUGCUCUAACAAAAGCUCUGUAAAAUGUUUCCGGAGACGAGACUAUCAUUUUGUAUUUGCUCACUUAUUUACCCUUUCGUACCGGCAAUCGUUUGCUAGUCAGCUAUGGAGACGAGCGGCGUCUUGUAGCAGCAGAAAAAAAAAAGUCUCACAGAAAAGCUCUUCAUUGUUGCCAAAAAAUCUCUAUUGUUGAGCCAGAACAACAGAAAGUACACACACACAUACACUCACACACAUGUCCAGAAGUGCUCAUUAUUGAAGAUUACAAGUGAAACCAGUUGUCCAUCUUCAGUUGAAGACGUUUCAGAGGAGUUUGCCUUCUUUUCCUGGAUCAGAGGUGGAGGUGCUUUCCCAUUUCCUCUCCCAGAACAUUUUCACCCGCUGCCCCUCUCUGCCUGUUUUGCUUUUUAGGCAUUCCAAGACAUGACUGCCUUGCUAUGUUUUUAUUCUUUUUGUUGACUUUGGAUUUGUAUCCCCGGGAGAGUUUGGGGCUCUCUCCCCGCUCCGCCUCCUGGUACUUUCUGUGUUAGAGCCUAGCCAGCCCAAGUGGACUUUUGUCUCCUGUGUGUGGUUGUGAACGACAACACUAUAAACAAAACGUGUACAUACGAGAACCGCAGCGUGAUUCCGCUUUAUUCCUACCGUGUAAAUAAAUAGGGACAACGGGCCGGAUGAUCAAAAGCAACAAAGGUAAAAUGCGCAAUGAGAAAUGGACUUCUUGUACUUGCAACAAAAGAGAAAAAUAAAAUGUUUCUUUUUUGGGGAA